AUGUAAAAUCAAGAGGAUUUAUACUAGCAAAAGCAAUAGCUUAUUUAGCGCUUAUAUAGGAAUAGUAGCUAAAAUAGUCUUUCAAAUCCUCUCCCUGGUUUGAGAUUACCUUAAGGAAAGAGCGGAAGUCAAAGAACUUAGAGAAAUGAAAGUACAAUAAUAGGGCAGGGAAAGUCUUUAAAUACAACAAUGGCAAAUAGGUAUAUGCUAUAGGAAUCUGAAUUGGUACCAAAGAUUGUGAAAUAUAACAAAUUGCCACCACUUCAAGACACUUCUAGUUUACCUGUGAUAUUUAAUAAGGGUAAAAUAUUGGUUAAUUCAACCAAAAACUAUGGAUCAUAGAGCUCUCUACUUAUUGGAAAUAUACUAAGCACUCACAAUUAGCAAAAUUCAAACAUAAUUAAUUUCAAUCAGUCAUCUGUGAUUGAUUAGUCUUCUAUAAAUAUUUUAACUAAUCCAUUUCCUCACAAUCGCUCAGUCAAACAUCUUGAUCAAAUUAAUAGAUCACAAUUAUCUAUAAAUGCUCAAAGGAUUUUAGAUGAUGUUAAUUUAACUAAAGAUUCUAUCCCACAAUAAGAUCAAAAAUUAAAGGAACAAGAAGCAUAGAAAAAUAAAAAAACUCAUUUCAGAAUUAAAAAGGGAUAAAAACAAAAAAAGAAUAAAGAUGAUGAUGGUUCUAAGAUGUAAGAUUAUUUAACUCCUAUGGAUUUUAUACAUCUAAUUCGAACUGAUCCUGAAAUGGCUGACGAAUUUUGCUACUUAAAUAAGAAUUCUAAUCCUUAUGAUUUUAAGAUAGUAGAGUUCGAUGCUCGUAAUCCAAAAGAAUAUAUGACUAUUUCUGCAAGAGGAAUAACUCAUUUUAUAGACGACUAAGCUGAAUUUAAAACUAUCGAAGAAUGGGAAAGAGAAUCGAAAAUGUUCCACUAACUACUCGAAAUAGAGUUCUUUAAGCAAUAUAAGAAAUGGAAAAAUUUCUCAUUAUGGAAAAAGCUUAUGAGAAGAAAUAUGAUGAGAGAAUGCUCACAUGUUUUAAGCCAGUAAUUGUUUUCUGUUGACAGAAAUCUUUAACCUGCUCUACUUGAAAUUAGAGGCUUGUGUCUUAUGAGCUAGGAAUUCAGAUACAUGGAAAUGAAUAUCAAUCAACCAUUAAAAUAUGAAGAAUUUAAAAAAACAUAGGAAAGUUAUAGAGUUACAGCUACAGAUUAUAAGUUAGAUAAGUUAGAAAACGGUAUUAAAGAAUUAGUUAUGAGCAACUGUAAAAGAAGUUUAUAAGCAUUCAAAGAGGAAAAUCGUAUUCCAUCAAAUGAUGCAAACGAUACUGAUGAGCUUAAAGAAAAGGCUCCUUUGUUGGUAGGUGAUGAGACAGGAAAAGAAAUGCCAUACACUUAAGAAGCAACCAUCCGCACACAUUAUAAAAGACUUAAUAAAUUUGUACGUCUCGUUGAUUAUUUAAUAGUUGAUUCAAAGAUUUAAAUGAUAAACAAUUCCACUUCUUCGAUUGUUAGACAUAUUGAAGAUUUAAAUGAUAGUAUAGGAGAUAAAUACCAAUCUGUAAAUAGCAUGAUUAUGGUGGAAGCCUCUAACAUAGGACCUGAGUUAGUGUUUACCCCAAACAGAGAUAUUUUAAGAAAAAUGUUUGAAGAAAUAAUUAGCAAAAGUGUAUAAAGAAUAUGCAACAAGCAUAAAAUGCUUGUAAAUGUACAAGAACUUAGAGAUUAUAUUAGGAUUGAAGAUUCAGAAGAUAGAAAUGGUGAAGAUAGUAUAGAUUUAUAUCAGAUAGUACAUAACGAUGGCUUGUAUAAGCAAAGUCAAGUAGACAUAAUAAAUGUUUUAAAUAAAUCUUUUGAUUUCGUUGAAGAAUACUCUAAGAUUCUUAUUCCAUUUAUUUAGAUAUACAUCACCAAUAGCAAUAUUAAUUGGAAUUAAGUAGAAUAAAUGGAAAAUGAAUUCUUUAAAAAAAUGAUUGAAUAAUUCCGUGAAGAGGAUAACAGAUUUUAGUCAAUAGAACCUAAUAAAGAGCUUGGUUUAAUCUUUUUCGAUAACAUUCAUCUCAAAGAUAAAAUCAAAAAUAUUUCUAUCAAUUGCUUGACAGAAUUGACCAAAAUGAUGCCAGAUCUGCUUUUUAAAAAGGCUAAAAACUUUUAUACAAAGUUGCAUGCAUUCAAUUAAAAGAUUGCCCUUGCACCAGUCAAUGUAGAAUAGUUUGUUUAGUAUAAUGAAUAUAUCUCCGAAAUUAGCAAUAAUCUUGAAGAAAUGACUUCAGAAAAUGCAGAAAUUACAGAAUUAUUAUUUUUAAUAGAAGAAUAUAAAAUUAAAUUACCUGAAUCCUAUAAAGCAAAAGUCAAAGAAGCUUCUCAACAAAUUUAAACUCUCAGAACAAAAAUAAGUGAUGCAUAAGCUUCUGCAGAUUAAAAUUCUAAAAAAUUCUAAAAAUAACUGGAUUAAAUGAUUCCAGGAAUCAAGGAAGAUGUAAAAGAGCUCGAAGAAUAGCUCAUUAAAGUUGAUUAUGCUAAAGUAGAAGCAAAUAUAAACUAAACAUGUGGCCAAAUACAAGAAAUCAGUAACAGAUUGGCAGAAAUCGUUAAGCAAUCUAAGAAAAUUAACGAUUUCUAAAUUGCUAUGUAAUUGGAAUUAACUAUAUUUGAGAAACUAGACAUAUUCGUUAGAGAAUUUGGUAUGAUAGAAAAAUUAUGGAUGAGCAGAAAGGAGUGGAAGAGAGAAUACGAUAGAUGGGAUAUUUAGCCAUUUUUCGAAAUAGAUAUAGAAGAUGUCAGUAAUAAGGUUGAAAAACUAGGAAAAGCUGCUAAUCACUGUGCAAAAGAAAUGGAAACUAAUGAAGUUGCUCGUGUUUUUAAAAAUUAAGUUGAAGAAUUUAGAAAUGUCUUAUCCCUAUUACAAUCCCUCAGAGACCCAGCUUUGUAAGAAAAGUGGGAUGAUGUAAGGAGCUUAAUAAAGGAAAAUAGAGCAUGGGAAAAGGAGCCAUUCCAUGACAUAAAAGAUUCUAUGUACACUCUAGGAUGGAUUAAUAAACAUAAUUUAGUUGAAUAUAAAGAUAAAGUAGCUGAAAUUGCAUUAAAGGCUGCCAAGGAAGCUGAAUUAAAUAAGAUGUAUAAGGGAGUUGAAGCAUUCUGGACUAUGAGUUAAUUGACAGUCAAUAGCUAUAAAGACAGAUAAGAUGCUUCUAUUUUGGGAAAUAACGAUGAUUUAAUUGCUAAAUUGGAUGAUGCUCUGUUAACUGUAAAUAACAUAUUAGCUUCAAGAUUCGUUGAAUCAAUUGCUACUAAAGUUGAAGCUAAACAAAAAAGUUUAAGAUAAUUUUAAGAAUUAAUGGAUGAGUGGAUGAUGCACUAAAGAAAUUGGCUUUAUUUAGAGCCUAUUCUUACUUCUCCUUAUGCUGUUAAGACAAUGGCAAAAGAAGUAAAAAGUUUUAAUAACGCUGAUGCCUAGUGGAAAAGAAUCAUGAAAGCAGCAAGAGAUAAUCCUUAGCUAAGAAGAUUCAAUGAUGAAUUAAUCAAGACAACACUUACAACUUUAAGAAAUAACAAUGCUGCUUUUGAAAUUAUACAAAAAGCUUUAGAUGAACUGCUUGAGAAAAAGAGAGAAAUCUUCUAAAGAUUCUUCUUCUUAUCAAAUGAUGAAUUAUUGGAAAUUUUAAGUUAAGCUAAAAAUAUCAAGUCGGUCAUUCCUCACUUACGUAAAUGUUUUGAAAAUAUUGUCAAGUUAGAGUUCGACCAUUUGGACACUGCAGUUGGAAUGAUAUCUGCUGAAGGUGAAAAGGUUGUCUUAAAAGGUUACUAAGCAAGAGGUGAAGAAGUUGAAAACUGGUUUAAAGAUUUGGAAGAAGCUAUGAAAAAUUCAUUGAGAUAUGUGAUGAGAUCUGCUCUUCUUAAGUACGAUGAUGAAGACACCCAAAGAUCUCAAUGGGUAAUAUCUUUCCCAUCAUAAGUCGUCCUUGCUCUUGAUGCUAUAUAUUGGACAAAAAUCACAGAAGAAAAUUAUUUAAGUCCAGAAUCUGAAGGCGAUUUAUACGAUUGGCUGGAAGGGUAGAUGUCCUAAUUAGAAGAAUUAACUACUUUAAUCCGUGGUGAUCUAACUGAAUUAUAAAGAAAGACCCUAUCAGCUUUAGCUGUAUAAGAUGUUCAUUACAGAGAUAUCAUAGAAGAGCUAGCUUAAGAAGGAGUCGAAUCAACAACUGAAUUCAAAUGGCAGUAGUAACUAAGAUUCUACAUUGAAGAUGAAUCUAUUUGGUGCAAAUAAGUAAAUGCUAAACUUCCUUAUGGCUAUGAGUAUCUUGGUGCUUCUCCAAGAUUGGUUAUUACUCCAUUAACAGAUAGAUGUUGGAUGACUAUAACUGGAGCUCUUGGUAUCAAACUUGGAGCAGCUCCUGCUGGCCCAGCUGGAACUGGUAAAACAGAAUCUUGCAAGGAUUUGGCAAAAGCACUUGGUAAAUAUUGUAUUGUUUUUAACUGCUCAGAGUAAAUUAAUGUAAAAAUGAUGGAAAAAUUAUUCAUGGGUCUUUGCUACACAGGAUCAUGGACUUGUUUGGAUGAAUUUAACCGUAUUGAUAUCGAAGUAUUAUCAGUUAUAGCUCAAUAAGUACUAACAAUUAGAGAGGCUCAUUUAAGAUUAUCGGCCUCUUCUGGAAACGAUAGAUAAUUCAACUUCUUUGGAAAAAUGGUAACUUUAGCUUUAACUGCUGACAUGGGUAUAUUCACUACCAUGAAUCCAGGUUAUGCUGGUAGAACAGAACUUCCUGAUAACUUAAAAGUACUCUUCAGACCUGUAGCUAUGAUGGUUCCUGAUUAUGCACUUAUUGCAGAAAUUAUGUUAUUUGCUGAAGGUUUUUCAAAUGCAAAGGAUUUAUCACGUAAAAUGACUAAACUAUAUACUCUAAGUUCUGAAUAACUUUCAUAGCAGGAUCACUAUGAUUUUGGUAUGAGAGCUGUAAAGAGUGUUUUGGUCAUGGCUGGUGCAUUGAAGAGAGCUGAGCCAAAUAUUUCUGAAGAUAUUGUUCUUAUUAGAGCCAUGAGAGAUUCAAAUGUGCCUAAAUUCUUGAGUCAUGAUAUUCCUCUAUUUAAUGCAAUUGUUUAAGAUUUAUUCCCUGGAUUAGAUAUUCCUCCUAUCUAAAAUAAAUAAUUGGAAGAUGUCAUUAGACAAAAUAUAUCUGAUGAAAACCUUGUGCCUUGUAAUACAUUCAUAGAAAAAGUUUUGCAAUUCCAUGAAACUCUUAAAGUACGUUUUGGAGUUAUGGUUGUAGGACCAACUAUGGGAGGUAAAUCUAAAGUUAUAGAUGUUUUGAGAUUGUCAUACUGUGAGCUUAACAAAAGAAUAAGAGGUGAUAAUGAAAAAACUGUUAAUAACCAUCCUGACUUUUAAAAUAUUUAAAUGACUGUUCUCAAUCCUAAGUCUAUUUCUAUGGAGGAAUUAUAUGGAGACUUUGAUCCUCUUUCAUAAAGUUGGACUGAUGGUUUGGCCUCAACAAUCAUGAGGUAAUACGUAUCUCUUGAAUCAACUGACAAAAGAUGGGUAAUUUUUGAUGGCCCUGUCGAUGCUCUGUGGAUUGAAAAUAUGAAUACAGUGCUUGAUGAUUCAAUGACACUCUGCUUAUCAAAUGGUGAGAGAAUCAAACUUAAGCCAUAAUUAAGAAUGCUCUUUGAAGUAUAGGAUCUCGCUGUUGCCAGUCCUGCCACAGUAAGUAGAUGUGGUAUGGUCUAUAUAGAUCAAGAUGUUGUUGGCUAUGAAGCUAUUGUAGAAAGUUACUUUUAGAAAGAAAUAUUCCCCCUUUUGAAGAAAGAAUAGCACAAAGAAUAACUGAAGAACAGUUUCAAUAUUAGUUUCAAAAAGAUUCUAAAUCAUAUGAAGAAGAAAAAGAUUUAACAAACUAUACCAACAGUUGAAGCUAACAUUGCGAUUUCAGUUUGUAGAAAUAUAAAACUUAUAUUAGAACUAGAUUAAAAAGAUAAUCUUGAAAAUGAAAACUCUAAGAAAGCUAUUGAUAAGUUACUUCUCUGGGCUAUAGGCUGGGGUAUUGGAGCAACUGUUUCUACAUUGAACAUUAAAGAGUUCUAAGAUGGUCUCUCAGAAGCAUUCACUGCUGAUAUUUCUCCUCGUGGAUCUCUAUUUGAGUAUUAUUACACUAUCGGUAAGGGAGAAGGAGAUUUUAUUGCUUGGUCAGAAAUUAUUCCUGAAUUUUCAUAUUCCCCUGAAAUGUCUUAUUUCUAACUUGUGGUACCUACAACUGACACAGUUUGUUAUUCAUGGUUCUUAGAUAAAAAUAUAUAACUUUUGCAUCCUAUUUUCUUAACAGGUUUAACUGGUACAGGUAAGACUAUUAUCACAUCUAGUACUCUUAACACUUUGAAAGAUUAAAAUUUAGUUGCUACUUGUGAACUUACUUUUUCAGCAAAAACUUCUUCCUUAUCAACCUAAGGUUAAAUUGAAAAUAAGCUACAGACUCAAAGAAAAAAUAAAAAGGUAAUUUUAAUGCCUCCUCCUGGACGUAAGCUUGUUGUAUUCAUAGAUGAUAUUAACAUGCCUUCUGUAGAAAUAUAUGGAGCCUAACCUCCAAUUGAAUUAUUGAGAUAAUUUAUGGAUUACAAAGGCCUAUAUGAUAGGAAAACUUUACAAUGGAAGUAAAUUGAUUCAACUGUCUUAAUUGCUGCUGCUGCACCUCCUGGAGGUGGUAGAAGUUCUCUCACUGCAAGAUUCACAAGACAUUUUUCAAUUAUGACAGUACCAGAUAGCUAAGCUGCUUCAUUAACACACAUUUUUAGUAGUAUCUUCAAUAACUUUUUGAGAGUGAAAAAAUUCAGAAAGGAAAUUACUGAGCUAGGAGAAAAUGAAAGUGUAGUUAAUGCUACUUUGAAUAUUUAUAGAUACAUAUCUGAAGAACUUUUACCUACACCUUCAAAGCAGCAUUAUGUUUUUAAUUUAAGAGAUGUGUCAAAAGUAUUUUAAGGUCUUCUAUUAGCAAAACCCCACAUUAUAUUGAAUGUAGAUUCUCUUGUUAAAUUGUGGAUUCACGAAAUGUCCAGAGUCUUCUGUGAUAGAUUGAUUAACGAAUAAGACAGAAACUGGUUUAUGGAUACAAUUUAAAAAUAACUUUUUAUCAACUUUAAACUAGACUGGAAAAAAGAGGAUGUAUUUAACGAGGUACCUCUUAUUUUCUCUGAUUUUUUGAAGCGUAAUAUCGAAUUUGAAGACAGGGUUUAUGAAGAAGCUAAGGAUUUCUAAAGACUAACUAAGAUUAUUGAAGAAUAUAUGAAUGAAGAUACUAAGCUGCAAUUAAUUCUUUUCAAAGAUGCUGUCGAGCAUAUGUCUAGAAUAGCCAGAGUUCUUAGUUUACAGAGAGGACAUUUCAUGAUUGUUGGUGUUGGUGGCUCAGGAAAGAAGAGUAUCACAACUCUCGCAUCAGCUCUUGCUGGGUGUGAGUUAGAUAGUAUUGAACCCAAAAAAUAAUAUGGUAAAAAGGAAUUCAAAGAGGAUUUACUUAGAAUGAUGAAGAAAGUAGGUAUUGAAAAUAAGAGAUUAACUUUCUUAUUUGCAGACACUCAAAUACUUUAAGAAGGAUUUUUAGAGGAUGUAAAUAAUUUGCUAAAUAGUGGUGAAGUUCCUAAUAUGCUUCAAAAAGAUGAAGUUGAAGAUAUUAUUUAGUAGUUAUCUUAAGAAGCUAGGGAGCACAAGAUUACAGACAUAUACUAGUAUUUUGUAGAAAAAGUGAGAAGCUAAAUGCAUAUUGUUUUGGCACUUUCUCCUGUAGGUAACGCCCUUAGAGUUCGUAUGCGUAUGUUCCCUUCUAUUGUAAACUGCUGUACUAUUGAUUGGCUUAAUCCCUGGCCUUAAGAAGCACUUAUGACAGUGGCAAAGAUGUUCUUGGAAAAUUUAGAAUUCGAAGGACUUACGAAAGAGAGAAAAGAAUAACUUUCAGAGUGUUGUGUGUUUGUACAUUAAUCUGUAGAAGAAAUGACUGAAACCUACUUCAAAAAUUUAAAGAGAAGAGUUUAUAUCACCCCUAAAAGUUAUAUCGAUCUUAUAGAAAGUUAUAAAUAAUUAAUUAAAAUGAAAUAAGAUUAACUUGAGAGCUAAAAAAAUAAACUUUCAAAUGGUCUUUAUAAAUUAAAAGAAGCUAAUGACACAAUUGCCUCAUUAAAAGAAAAACUUACUGAGUUGCAACCUGUUUUGUAAAAGAAAACAAUUGAGCAGGAUGAAUUGAUUAAAAAAUUAGAAGUAGAUAGCUAUGAAGCAAAUAAAGUUAGAUCAGUUGUCAAGGAAGAAGAAGCAUAAGUAAAUGAAAAAGCUUCUGAAAUCAGAGAAAUGAAAGUUGAAGCAGAUAAAGUUCUUUAGGCUGCUCUUCCUAUGCUUUAAGCUGCCAAUGAAGCACUAAAUAUUUUGGAUAGAAAAGUUAUUUCUGAAAUUAAAGCUAAUAAUAACCCUAAUGAGCUUGUUCUCUUUACACUUUAAUGUGUUUGUUGUUUAUUUGAUGAAAAGUAAGAUUGGGAUAGCAUUAAGAAGCUUCUUGCAGAUCCAAAUUUGGUAUCUCGUAUGAAAAACUUAGAUGUUUACAAUAUAAGUCCCAAAGUAGAAAAAAAUAUUAAGGCAAAAAUAGCAACAAAUGAAAAUUUCAACCCUCAAAAAUUAGCAACUAUCUAAGCAGCUGCAAAGGCUAUUUGUGAAUGGGUUAUUGCCGUUGCCAACUUUACAGAUGUCAAUAAAUAAAUUCAAUCUAAAAAGAAUGUUGUAGAUAAAAUGAACUAAGAGUUAGAUAAGGCUAACAAAGAACUUAGUGUAAAGCAAGCUGAAUUACAAAAAGUAGAAGAUAAAGUUGCUAAACUUGAAAAAGAAUACAACGAUAACAAAUUAGAAAAAGAUAGAUUAGACAAAGAAAUUCAAACCACUGCAGAUAGACUUGUUAGAGCUGAAGAACUUACUUAAGGUUUAGCAGAUGAAUAAAUUAGAUGGAAAGAAACAGUGGGAACUUUAGGAGAUCAAAUUAAACUUUUAGUUGGAGAUGUUUUCGUAGCAGGUGCCUCUGUGACUUAUUAUGGACCUUUCCCUGGUACUUAUAGAGAAGAUUUAGUUAAAUAGUGGCUCUAAAAAUGUGAAUAAAUGGAGAUACCCAAAAGUGAAAAUUAUGUUCUUGAAAACGUACUUGGAGAUCCAGUCGAAAUAAGAAAUUGGAAUGCAAAAGGAUUACCAUCAGAUAGCGUUUCUAUUAAUAACGGUAUUUUAGUUCAUUCAUGCAGAAAUUAUCCUCUUUUAAUAGAUCCACAACUUUAAGCUUCUAAAUGGAUUAAAAAUUUGAAUUCUGAAUCUAACAUGAUGUGCACUAAAAUGAGUGAUGAAAAGCUUUUCUAGACCUUAGAAGUUUGUAUAAGAAUGGGUUAACCAUUGAUGAUAGAAGAUAUGGAAGAUACUCUUGAUACCAUACUAGAGCCUCUUUUACUGAAAUAGUUUACUAUUAAUAAUAGAAGAAAAAUGAUAAAAGUUGGUGAUGCAGAUGUUGAAUUUGAUAAUAAUUUCAAGCUUUACAUUCAAACAAAGAGUCCUAAUCCAAACUUUUUGCCAGAAAUAUUUAUUAGAGUGACUGUAAUCAAUUUUACUGUUACUGAAUUAGGUUUGGAGGAAUAAUUAUUAGGAGAUGUUGUAAGGAAGGAAAUGCCAGAAGUAGAAUUAACCAAAAAUGAGCUUAUUAUCUCUAUUGCUCAAGGUAAAACUUAGUUAAAGAAAAAUGAAGACAGAAUUUUAGAAUUACUGACUAGCUCUAAAGGUAUGAUUCUUGAUGAUGUUGAAUUGAUUGAAAAUUUGAAGCUAUCAAAGAAGACUUCAGAAAUUGUGAAAGAAAAGAUUACUGAAGCUGAAGAGAAGAAAGUAGAAAUAGAAGAAGCUCGUUCAUAAUACAAGCCUGUUGCUCAAAGAGGCUCUUAUCUUUACUUUGUUAUUGCUGAUUUAGCUUUGAUUGAUCCUAUGUACUAAUUCUCAUUAGCCUAUUUUAGCAGAUUAUUUAAUUUGAUUAUUGAAAAUUCAGAAAAGAGUCCAGAAAUUACUCAAAGAGUUGAGAUAUUAAUAAAUUCAAUAACACAAACUAUUUUCUUAAAUGUGUGUCGAGGCUUGUUCAACGAUCACAAGCGUAUAUUCUCAUUUUUAGUCUCUGCUACCAUUUAGUAGAGAAGUGGAAUCAUCACUAAACAAGAGUGGAAUCUCUUUUGUAGAGGUGCUCCAAUACUCAAAGAAAAAGCUCCAGCAAUUCCUCAGGGACUUUAAAUCAACUAAAAAACAUGGAAUAGUAUAUUUAGUGCUUCUUAGGUAAUUUCUAACUUUGGUACAUGGUUCUAGAAUUUAAAAGAACAUUAUAAAGAAUGGGAUGCAUGGAUUAAUUGUGCUGAACCUUUUACUACUCCAUUCCCUAAAUAAUUUAAGGGUGAAAUUACACCAUUUUAACGCUUAAUUCUUGUAAGACUUUUAAGAGAAGAGAAAUCAUUGUAUGCUAUGACUUACUAUGUAGAAUAGUCAUUAGGGUCUAAAUUUUCAUCAAACAAUGCAGCAAUAAUGGAAGAGGUUUACAAAGAUACAGAUUAUAAAACACCUUUGAUUUUCAUUUUAUCUUAGGGUGCUGAUCCUCUAUUAAAUUUACUGAGAUUCGCUAAGGAUACGAAAAUCUCUUCUGAAAAGUUAGUGGUAAUAUCUUUAGGUUAAGGCUAAGGACCAAUAGCUCAAAAAGCUAUCGAAAACGGUUUGAAAAAUGGUGGAUGGGUAAUAUUACAAAACUGCCAUUUAGGUAAAUCUUUUAUGCCAAAGCUUGAAGAGCUGAUAGCAGGAUUUAAUAAUGAAGAUUAAGAAUUUAAUACCGAAUUUAGAUUAUUCUUAACAUCUAUGCCUUGUGAUUAUUUCCCUGUAUCAAUCCUGUAAAACGGAGUUAAGCUUACUAACGAACCACCAAAAGGAAUAAAAUCAAACAUCUAAAAGAGCUAUGCAGAACUAUCAGAAGAAAGAUUUGAAAGCUGCACUAAAGAAAAACCAUGGAAGAAAUUGCUUUAUUCUAUAUCAUUCUUCCAUGCCAUUAUUUAAGAAAGAAGAAAGUUUGGUCCUUUGGGAUGGAAUAUUAGAUAUGAAUUUAAUGAUUCAGAUUUGGAUACAAGUAUCACUAUUCUGCGUGAUAUGUUAGAAGUGAAUGAAGAAAUUCCUUGGGAUGCACUCAGAUAUGUUAUAGGUUAAAUUACUUAUGGUGGUCGUGUUACAGAUGAUUGGGACAGAAGAACAUUGAUGGCUAUUCUAAAUAGUUUCCUUAAUGAAGAAGUGCUUUUAGAUACUUAUAAAUUUUCUGAGUCAGGAAUUUAUAUGUCAUCUAAAAUAGGAAAGCUGAAAGAUUAUAGAUCAUUAAUUGAAAAAUACCCUGCCUUUGAGUCACCUGAAGUGUUUGGUAUGCACGAAAAUGCUAACAUAACAUUCUAGCUGAAGGAAUCAAAAAUAGCUCUUGACACCAUCUUAAAUAUGCAGCCAAGAGAAAAUACUGCAAGUGGAGAAGGUUAGAAGACUCCUGACCAAAUUAUAGAAGAAAUGUGCAAUAUGUUUGAAGAAAGAUUGCCUCCUCCUCUUAAGAAAGAAGUAUUCACUUCUAAAAAACCUGAAUCAAUCGAUUCUUUGCAAGUUUGCAUGAAUCAAGAGUGUGAGAGAUUUAACAAAUUGCUUUCAGUUAUGAAAUAGAGUUUGAGUAAUUUGAAAAAAGCUAUUAAGGGUGAGGUUGUUAUGAGCGCCGAACUUGAUAAGACAUAUACAAGUAUGAUGAAUAACACAGUGCCUGAAAUGUGGAAGGCUCGCUCUUAUCCUUCGCUUAAGCCUUUGCAAAGUUGGUUUGAAGAUCUUGUAAAGAGAACUGAAUUUUUCCGCUAGUGGCUUAACUUGGAUGGAAAGCCCAAAGUGUAUUGGCUUCCCGCUUUCUUCUUCCCUCAAGGUUUCUUAACAUCAGUUUUGCAAAACUUUGCUCGUUAAAAUAAAAUUGCAAUUGACGUGCUCAAUUUCGGAUUUAAAUUUAGUAAAUAUACUGAACCUGAAUAGGUAAUAGAAAUGUCUAUUACUGGAGCUUACAUAUACGGUCUAUUUAUAGAAGGCUGUUAAUUUGAUGUAAGUAAGGGUAUUUUAGAAGAUAGUAGUCCUGGUGUAAUGUAUACUUCAGCUCCUGUAAUUGAAUUUGUGCCUAACGAAAAUUAUUAGUCAAAAUAAGAAGAUUAUAGAAUGCCUGUAUAUAAAACAACUUCAAGAGCAGGUACACUUUCAACAACCGGUCAUUCAACUAACUUUAUUAUAGGUAUUGAUACACCAACUAAAAAGAAGCCAGAAUAUUGGAUUUUAAAGGGAGCUGCUUAUACUUGUGCUUUGAAUGAUUGA